AUGACGGAAUGGACACAAGAAAAAGUUUUACAGAUGAUAGAAAUGUAUCGGAAUCGUUCCAACUUAUGGGACUGUCGCGAUAAAACUUAUAAAGACAGAAAUAAAAGGCACGAUGCAUUAACAGAAAUAGCGGUGUGUUUCGGAGAAUCGAAAGAGGAAAUAGAUAGGAAAAUUAAAAAUCUAUUAAGCCAUUUUUCAAGAGAAGUGAAAAAAGAAGAAAAAAGUUUGAAGUCUGGUGCUGGCACCGAUGAAGUGUACAAGUCGAAGUGGUUUGCCUUCAAAAAUAUGCAGUUUUUGAAAGACAAAAAUCGACCACGGAAAACUGUUAAUACAGAAGAUAGGGUUAACAAUAGUUCAGAGGAGAAAAUUUGCAAUGAUGUUUUUCAAGAAGAAUGCAGCACUUCUGCAGUUUCCAUUGUGGAAGAGCAGUCUGUAGAGAAAACACCUGAAAACGCAACACAUGCUCUAUCUACAAAUAAAAUAUCAACCAGGAAAAAGAAAGUUGACAACGAGGUGAAGGAAGCGUACAAUAUAAUGAAGGAAAUGUAUAGAAAUAGAAGUCGGAGGGAUGAGUACACCCUACUUGGAGAACAAAUCGCCAUCAAAGUUAGGCAAUUACCCAGUGCCCAUGCACGAAUAAUGGUCCAGCAUAUCAUUAAUACCACAUUAUUCGAGGCACAACUGGGAAAAUAUGACAAUCCACCCAUUCAAUCACACGCAUCCACUUCUCAUUCUUAAUCGAUUACACCAACCACGCCAUUCUCUUCUUUUGCAUGUGAUUCACAACUACCAACACCCACACCCAUAGAAACAUGUACUCUUUCACCAAACAAUGAUGUAAAUACUGUAAAUACUGUUAAUACUAUCUUACACUUGUAAUAAAA